AUGACGACCACCCUGGAGACGCUGCUGGCCCAGUCCGACCAGGAGCUGAGCCCCGAGCGGCUGAGCGGCUGCGAGGAGGCCUCCAGCGGCCGCUAUAAGGUGGUUCCCUCCGUCGUCUGCUCCAUGUGCUGCCUCUUCGGCAUCAUUUACUGCUUCUUUGGUUAUCGAUGCUUCAAGGCGGUGAUGUUCCUGACGGGCCUGAUGUUCGGCUCCGUCGUCAUCUUCAUGCUCUGCUACAAGGAGCGCGUGCUGGACACCCAGCUGAGCGUGGAGGCCUCGGUGGGCAUCGGCCUGGGCAUCGGCACGCUCUGCGGCCUGGUCACCAUGCUGGUUCGCAGCGUGGGCCUCUUCAUGGUGGGCCUGCUGCUGGGCCUGCUGGUAGCCGUGGCCACGCUGGUAGGCAUGGAAGAGCUUUCCGACAGCCCGCCGCGCUCCGUCUGGGUGCCCCUGGGCGUGCUGCUUGGCCUGGGCAUGCUCUUCGCCGUGCUCACCCUGCAGUGGCAGCGCCUCUUCACCACGCUGUCCACGGCGAUGUUUGGGGCGGCCGUCAUCACCGUGGCGUUGGACUACUUCGUGGAGCUCUUCGCCCUGGUGCUGUACAUGUACGAGCGGCUGAAAGCGGCGCCCGGAAAGCCGGUGUGCUGGCUCACGUGGGUGGUGCUCGGGGUGUGGCCCGCCCUCACCCUGCUGGGUGUCAUAGUCCAGUGGAAGGUGACCGCUGAGGGAUACUCCCAUACCAAAGUGAUCAUCAGCCGGCAACAGAGGAGGAUGCAGGUGAUGAGGAUUCGACAGCGGGACGACCGCUAUCGCAACAAGAAGAAGAAGAAGCAGCAGCAUGGCGGCUCGUCCCACCAUCAGCACCAAGCCAAGCAGCUGCAGAGCCCGCCUAACCGCCGCAAGCCCAACCCCAUCCGCCGCUACGACACCGACGUCCUCUCGCCGAGCUACAUCCAGAGUUUCAGAGAGCGGCAGGUGCAGGCUCAGCCUUUCCCGAGCCGGAUGGUCGGCGGGCCUCACGCCGUGGUGGAUGUGGGCUACGACUGCGGCUCCACGACGCCCCUCACUGGCGCCGCGGGACCUUUGCUACGGGUUUGA